GUCUAAGAAUCAAUGGCUAAUCACCUCGAGGGGGAAGCCAAUAUGUAAAGGUUUGCCAGUUUUAUGUAUCUACAGCCCUCUGAAUGUUACAGGGUCUCUUGAUGAGACGGCUGACUUUGGCAUAGUUGAACCUUCAGUUUACUUUCACGGAGACUCGUGCAGGUAAUUUCAGUCCAGGAGAACAGUUGGGAAUAAACUGAGAUGCGUAGAAAAUGAGGAGGGAGACCAGUUUGGUAGGAGCGGAGCCUUCUCGCCGGGGAUGACUAGUAGAAAAUGUAGUUGGAAUGACUAGGAAAGGUCAGGCUGUGUUAGAGAAGCCCUGAAACCAAGCACGGUACAUUACUACAAGUAAAAUCCUGUCACUGUAUCCAGAUUCCGGUUUGGGAGCACGGCACGUGUGAAAUAUAUAAUCGACGUGGAAAUGAAUUUGAUCAUAGUCGGGAUUAAAAGAGGCCAGAGUUACCCAAGGCUCUGACGUGCAUCAACCUGGAAAUCUUCCCAGACCGACUCUCCCUGGCCCUAGUCAGUCUCCGCAUUUCAGCAGCCCCCCUUCUUCCUUCCUGCUUCCGUGGUCACGUAGUGUGCCCCGCAUGGCUUUGAACACUCCCUUCGCUUACGUCCUUCCCGUGUUCUCCUGUCAACCCCAUGAGAUGAGACGCCUGCAUUGGGGUGCGACCCCAGCUCAGAGGCCAGUGGGAGGUAGCAUGCAGAGGACCAAGGAGCUAAGUGAUUGGGGUGUCCUCCAGUCUGCCCCUGCUUGCUGACUAGAGACCUGCCAUGGUGGUGACUGGUGAAAGAUGUGCUGGAGAAGAGAAAAGAGUUGGUACACGCACAGUGUUUGUUGGCAAUCAUCCAGUUUCAGAAACAGAAGCUUACAUUGCACAGAGAUUUUGUGAUAAUAGAAUAGUCUCAUCUAAGUAUACACUUUGGAACUUCCUCCCAAAGAAUCUGUUUGAACAGUUUAGAAGAAUUGCAAAUUUCUAUUUUCUCAUCAUUUUCCUUGUACAGGUCACAGUAGACACGCCAACGAGCCCUGUUACCAGUGGACUUCCGCUUUUCUUUGUUAUAACUGUUACAGCCAUCAAGCAGGGAUAUGAGGAUUGGCUGAGACACAGAGCUGACAAUGAAGUCAACAAAAGCACUGUUUACAUUAUUGAAAAUGCAAAGCGAGUGAGAAAAGAGAGUGAAAAAAUCAAGGUCGGUGAUGUAGUAGAAGUACAGGCAGAUGAAACCUUCCCCUGUGAUCUUAUUCUUCUGUCGUCCUGUACCAGUGAUGGGACCUGCUACGUUACUACGGCCAGUCUUGACGGGGAAUCCAAUUGCAAGACACAUUAUGCAGUGCGUGAUACCAUUGCGCUAUGUACAGCCGAAUCCAUUGAUACCCUCCGAGCAGCAAUUGAAUGUGAACAGCCUCAACCUGACCUCUACAAGUUUGUUGGGCGGAUCAAUAUCUAUAGUAAUAGUCUUGAGGCGGUCGCCAGGUCUUUGGGACCAGAAAAUCUCUUGUUGAAAGGAGCUACCCUAAAAAACACCAAGAAGAUAUAUGGAGUUGCUGUUUACACUGGGAUGGAAACCAAAAUGGCUUUGAACUACCAAGGGAAAUCUCAGAAACGUUCAGCUGUUGAAAAAUCCAUUAACGCCUUCCUGAUUGUGUAUUUAUUCAUCUUACUGGCCAAAGCUGCAGUGUGCACGACUCUAAAGUAUGUUUGGCAAAGUACCCCAUAUAACGACGAACCUUGGUAUAACCAAAAGACUCAGAAAGAGCGGGAGACUUUGAAGGUUUUGAAAAUGUUCACUGACUUCCUGUCAUUCAUGGUUCUAUUCAACUUCAUCAUUCCUGUCUCCAUGUAUGUCACAGUAGAAAUGCAGAAAUUCUUGGGCUCUUUCUUCAUUUCAUGGGAUAAGGAUUUCUAUGAUGAAGAAAUUAAUGAAGGAGCCCUGGUCAACACAUCAGACCUUAAUGAAGAACUUGGGCAGGUGGAUUAUAUAUUUACAGACAAGACUGGAACGCUCACGGAAAAUAGCAUGGAAUUCAUCGAGUGCUGCAUAGACGGCCACAAGUAUAAAGGCGUAGCUCCGGAGACUGAUGGACUCUCUCAAACUGACGGGCCCUUAACGUAUUUUGACAAAGCGGAUAAGAACCGAGAAGAGCUCUUUCUGCGUGCCUUGUGUUUAUGUCAUACUGUAGAAGUUAAAACAAGUGAUGCUGUGGAUGGGCCUCCCGAAUCAGCGGAAUUGACGUAUAUGUCCUCUUCGCCAGAUGAAAUCGCUUUGGUGAAAGGAGCGAAAAAGUACGGGUUCACGUUUGUAGGAAUUCGGAAUGGCCAUAUGAGAGUAGAGAACCAAAGAAAAGAAAUAGAAGUGUACGAACUCCUUCACACCUUAAACUUCGAUUCUGUCCGCCGUCGUAUGAGUGUAAUUGUGAAAACUCAAGCAGGAGACAUACUUCUCUUUUGUAAAGGAGCAGACUCUGCGGUUUUCCCCAGGGUGCAAAAUCAUGAAAUUGAGUUAACUAAAGCCCAUGUGGAACGUAAUGCUAUGGACGGGUAUCGGACACUUUGUGUAGCCUUCAAAGAAAUCGCUCCAGAUGAUUAUGAAAGAAUUAACAGACAGCUCAUUGAGGCGAAGAUGGCCUUACAAGACAGAGAAGAAAAAAUGGAAAAGGUUUUUGAUGAUAUUGAGACAAAUAUGAAUUUAAUUGGAGCCACUGCAGUGGAAGACAAGCUACAAGAUCAAGCAGCCGAGACCAUUGAAGCUCUGCAUGCAGCAGGUCUGAAAGUCUGGGUGCUUACCGGGGACAAGAUGGAGACGGCCAAAUCCACCUGCUAUGCGUGCCGCCUUUUCCAAACCAGCACCGAGCUCUUGGAACUGACUACAAAAACCAUCGAAGAAAGUGAAAGGAAGGAGGAUCGAUUACAUGAAUUGUUGAUAGAAUAUCGGAAGAAGUUGCUGCAUGAUUUUCCUAAAAGUACUAGAAGCCUUAAAAAAGCAUGGACAGAACAUCAGGAAUACGGAUUAAUCAUCGAUGGCUCCACAUUGUCGCUCAUACUCAAUUCCAGCCAGGACUCCAGCUCUAACAACUACAAAAGCAUUUUCUUACAGAUCUGUAUGAAGUGUACCGCAGUGCUCUGUUGCCGGAUGGCCCCGCUGCAGAAAGCCCAGAUUGUCAGAAUGGUGAAGAAUUUGAAGGGCAGCCCGAUAACACUGUCGAUAGGCGACGGUGCCAACGAUGUUAGUAUGAUCUUGGAAUCCCACGUGGGAAUAGGUAUUAAAGGCAAAGAAGGUCGCCAAGCAGCCAGGAAUAGCGAUUAUGCCGUUCCGAAGUUUAAACAUUUAAAGAAAUUGCUACUGGCUCACGGACAUCUAUAUUACGUGAGAAUAGCACACCUUGUACAGUAUUUCUUCUACAAGAACCUUUGUUUCAUUUUGCCACAAUUUUUGUACCAGUUCUUCUGUGGAUUCUCACAACAGCCGCUGUACGAUGCCGCUUACCUUACAAUGUACAACAUCUGCUUCACAUCCUUGCCCAUCCUGGCCUACAGCCUACUGGAACAGCACAUCAACAUUGACACCCUGGCCUCGGAUCCCCGACUGUAUAUGAAAAUCUCUGACAAUGCCAUGCUCCAGUUGGGGCCCUUCUUAUAUUGGACGUUUCUGGCUGCAUUUGAAGGGACAGUGUUCUUCUUUGGGACCUACUUUCUCUUUCAGACUUCAUCCCUGGAAGAAAAUGCAAAGGUAUAUGGAAACUGGACUUUUGGAACCAUUGUUUUUACAGUCUUAGUAUUCACUGUAACUCUGAAGCUCGCCUUGGAUACUCGUUUCUGGACGUGGAUAAAUCACUUUGUGAUUUGGGGUUCUUUAGCCUUUUAUGUAUUUUUCUCAUUCUUCUGGGGAGGAAUUAUUUGGCCUUUUCUCAAACAACAGAGAAUGUAUUUCGUAUUUGCUCAAAUGCUAUCUUCUGUAUCUACAUGGUUGGCCAUAGUUCUUCUAAUAUUUAUCAGCCUUUUCCCUGAGAUUCUCCUGAUAGUCUUAAAGAAUGUAAGAAGAAGAAGUGCCAGGAGAAAUCUGAGCUGUAAAAGGGCAUCUGACUCAUUAUCCGCCAGACCUUCAGUCAGACCUCUUCUUUUACGAACAUUCUCAGACGAAUCUAAUAUAUUGUAACAGAAUCCGAAUCUUGAACUGCCUAUGUUAUUGUCCUACAAGCAUAUUGACAGUGGUUACAGCUAAAAAAGAAAGCACGAAGACACAACUACGAAAAGUUGUCAUCUCAGGAUACGCAAUAUGCAACAAACUAAACCCCUCUCUUGUGUCUAGGGUUCAGAAUAAAUGUCCAUUACAAUACCAAAUGACUCUCUUAAGCAUUUACAGUUAUCGUAAGUAGCCGUUAUGGCCAAAGCUCUCAGUUAUGAAUCCUAUGAAAGUUGAAAGCGAGAAGAAUAAUUAGAAUUUCUGGCUUUAGAUAGACGACUAUAACUACCAAGUGGGUGCUCUUUUAACCCAUGAACUCUGUGAAUGGAUUUAAAUAUAAUAGUAUAAAGUAGAAGUCAUACAAUGGGAAUGAAUAGAUUUUGCUAUUAUUACUUUUUUUGCCUGGCAGAAGACAUAGGCUGUUUGGAUCACAUUUCUUGUUCCUGCUGAGUGAUAAUCUUAAAUUAUUUUUUUUUUCAAACAUAUGAAAGGAAUACUUGAAAAUACAAGAAGACUAAAUGGUAUCAGUGCAUCGGAAUAAUUCGUCCUUUCUGUUCACCCACAUGCUAAUUCUGUCCUCAUGGAAUAGCCUUGCCAAAAACUAACCUUGAACCCUUACGUGGAAAGAAUGUGAAUCCUGGAUAUUUUUGUGAGAAUCAACAAAAAUUACUUAUUUUUGUUCUUCUGAAUUAAACCCCACUGAAGGCGUGGAUGGCUACCAGAUUAUUUUCAAAAUAAAACAUUUCCAGUCACUUAGUAAGUAGCCCCUCGAAAGAGUUAAGAUCUAACGGAUAUUUUCCAGUAUUCAUUUUCCUGGGGUCUGAGGUGGGAUAGGCAAAACCAUAGUCACAUAAAACUGAAGCCAUCUGAGUAUCCGUGUUUUAUCAUUUCCUGUGGAGAGGUGAAAAAAAUAGCUUAUUUCCAACUGUUAACGGUUAUUUUUGGAAAGAGACUGCGUUUGUACAUCCAUGCAGCACUUUUGUUUUGAACUUGCCAGUUCGGGAAGGAGGGAUCCGUCCCAAGACCGCGAUUCGGCCUGCACAGCCAUGACUCUGAACUUGAAUGUUUUCUCUUAGCAAACAUGGUUAGGUGACGGUCUGACUCUCAACCGUGAGAUUCACCUUGGUGAAGGCCUUGACUUCCUGGACUAGAAGGAGGCUUUAGCCUCCUACGGAGUUCACUGAACACAUCAGAAUAAAUGUGAAAUAUCUUUAUUAAAUGUCGAAAUCAAACACAUUUUGGGGGAUAAAAAUGGCUACAUUUGACUACUAGCUUGAAAUGGGCUCUUAAACAGUGUUUUCAGAAGCGCCUGGCUGGCUCGGUCGGUAGGCCACGCGGCCCUUGGAUCUUAGGGUCGUGCGUCUGAGCCCUGUGUUGGGCAUAGAGAGUACUUUUCUAAAAAAGUGUUUUCAUACCGGUUUCCUCUUUUGGGUGUCUUUCUGGCAUGCCCGUACUAUUACUCGUGUUUCUGUUGUACCUUGCUUUAGGAAAGCGUUGGACCCAAUCUAUACCGGUGUGUUUAUGUGGUCCGUGCGGCCCAUUUGAUUCUUCCAUUAUAUAAUUUGGGCCCGUAUUUAGGUGUCAUUUGUCUUGAACUCUAGGAAGGACAUAAUUCCGGUUACCGGAAACCAUUCCAUCAUCGUGACCCUUUUACGUUAUUCCAUUUGUUCUCGUCUAUCAGUAUUCUCUUUGAGUCUUUUGUCGGAUGUCCUUCACAGCUUACCUGAGUGCGCUGUGUUCUGCUAGCCUGUGUUUGAGGUAAUCUGCUGAAAACAAAGUCUGUACGUUCUUUGCCUGUUCCAAAGAGCUAAAAAGUCAGACCCGGGAAAGCUUUUGACGUUUUUUGUUGUUCUUCUGCUUGUUGCGGCCGUCGCCGUGUUGUUGCCGUUGUUUACAGAAGUGCCGUAUGGGAUGUGACCACACGCGAGAGACCCGCAAUACGGAGAGAGGCCCGUUUAACGCAGACCACCGGAGAGUGGCCUCAUCAGAAUACGCAGGGUGGCGGACACGUAACUGGCGGCGAGGCGCAUUCCUUGCCGCCAGGAGGGUGACCGAGGGGGACUUAAGGUCCUAUCUCAGCUACGCGUUACGCCGCAGCUCAGAUUCACGAUGGUGAUCGUCGUGGCCUAGAUCCUUGAGAGGGACCUGACUUUGCUUUUGUGAAAGGUAUUUUAGUAACGAGCCAAGUAAGAACUGGUUAGCGGGGGAUUAGGCGGAUGGAACACCUCGAAGUAAGCCGUCCCCCGGUGUUCCUAGCGCGACAGUCUAACCACCUUGUUUUGUGACAGAGAAAGGGGGAGAAUGUAAUAGCAGGCUCACAUAUACCCAUCAUUGGAACCACUCUAAACUGUCAGGAUGUCCUUGUAAUUUUCACAACCGUCGUCCCUUGUUGGAAGGUGUAACCUACUGAGCGUAAACCAUAAAUUCCCUCUCUACGACAUCUACACCAGCAGCAGUAUAAAUGUAAGCCAAAAUUUGCCAGAUCCAUAAUAAUUUCGUGAUGGAAUUUUUUUAAUAACAUGCAGUAUAGAAAUGUGCAGAUUUUAUGCAAGUGUUAACCAAAUCACUUUUCAGCUUGCAACAUGGGACUGCAAUACUACAUUUUUCACUUAAGCAGUUUUUUACAUCCACGUCGUUGCUUUCUAUAAUGACUGUGAAUGCCAUCUUUUAUGAAUGCAACUUGCCUUUUUCAUUACAGAGAUUUUUGUUUGAUGUAUCAAUAAACUUUGGUAUGAUACGAUUGCCA